GGCUUUCAGAUGACGAUGGCGAGCGGGGCAGCCGCCGCACGGCUGAGUUGUCCGCCGCGGGGCGGGGGCUCAGUGAGCGGCGAGUCGGAGGCGGGGAGGGCGCCGAGCGGGAUGAGGAUGAGGAUGGGGAUGGGGAUGAACCUGGGUGCGCCGGGGGCCGAGAAACACCCGCCGGAGGAGGAGGGGGAGGAGCGGGGCAGGCGCCUGUCAGAACCCGAGCAGGACUCGAAGGCUGACGUGACCUCACAACUGUCCAGCCUGCAUGUGUCGGAAGGAAGUGAGAAGUGCCAGACGGAGCCAGAGAAGAGACCCCAGAAAUCAAGACCGGUGACUGAAGAAGCAGAAGGCAAUCCUCUGGAACGUUCUGGAAUCCCAGUGGAGCAGUCAGCUGAGCCAGGCGAUGAACAACCACAGCAGGAUGUUAAGGGGAGCAAACUGGGUGAGGUGCCUGCAACAUCAGUUGGUGCAUACCGGGUUCGCAAAGUCAGCAGCGAUUCUGUGAUAAUUCAGUCCGACCAUGGAGGCCCAGAAAAGCUACCACCCGAUCCAUCAGAAGGUCCUGGGAGAGUUGUUCCCGUAAUUGAUGCUGCUUCCACCUGGAUUUCCGUGGAAAUGAAUGAGUUCAAAGAGAAGAUACGAAGAGAAAAGGCAGGAGUGAUGAAGGUGAAUCGUGGGAACAUAGUGACAGUGCGGGUUCCCACCCACCCCAAGGGCACCUGUGUUUGUUGGGACUUUGCCACAGACACCUAUGACAUCGGCUUCGGGGUGUACUUUGAGUGGGCACCUGUGACCGACACAGAAAUUACAGUGCUGGUCAGUGAAUCAAGUGAUGAGGAGGAUGAGGAAGAUGCAGAAGCACCCCCAGUCCACGGAGACAUCGAGAGGGGAACUAAAGAUUUCAGCCGGUCUGACCUGGAGGAGAUCCUGCCUGUGUACCGAAAGGACAGUCACUUGGAGGUUCAGUCCGGCAGUCACAAGUAUCCAGGACAGGGAGUCUACCUGCUCAAAUUUGACAACUCCUACUCGAUCUGGAGGCAUAAAACCCUCUAUUACCAGGUCAACUAUAGCUCAUGAAGAAGCAGCAGCAGCAGCAGCAGCACUCCCCGUGGGAGGGGAAGAGAAUCCAUGUCCCAUUCCUCCAGAGGUAUUCUUUCUCCGAGUCAGCCUUUUGUUUUCUUUCUGUGAUGGUUGUUUUUCUUUACAAGAAUCUGGCUGGAGCACAUGUGCCCAAAAUCCAAUCUCACGAGCUCUCCCAACUCUUCACAUAUGUGGCGUGUGGUGUAUAUUUUCUGUCUGUUUUUGUGUUCACAGCAUUGUCUUUGUAUUAUUAAUUGUGUAUUUGGUACCACUGAAUUUUUAUAUAUAUAUAUAUAUAUAUAUUAUGUUUAAAGAUUUAUUUUCACUGUUUUAUGCCGCUAUAUACUUAUUUUAUAAACCUAUUAUAUGUUGAAGGACCUUAGCUACGAUGCCCUUCCUGGUGCAAUAUCUGAUUUGAGCUUGUCUUGUGCUGCUUCUGAGUGGGUUCCAGCUGCAUUCAGCGUGUUUACAUGUCACCUGUUACACUCCCUCACUCCAAGGUACAUCUCCAAACGGUUUUAAUUUUUCUUCUAAUUAUAAAAUCUACAUCACAUUCCAAGCCUUGGAACCUAGGCAAGUAGAACAGGGAUGGUGGUGGUGGUGGGGAGGUUAGGUGGAAGAAAUGAAUGUCAUUUUCAGCUCUCAAAAGACACAAUAUAUUUUGUAUUCUGUGUACUGCCUGUGUAAAAAAAAAAAGAUAAAUAAAGAUGAAUUCUA